AUGAAAGAAGCUGGCGGCGCCGGCGACCAGAGAAGCAGCAGCGGUGGAGGAGGAGGUGGGAGCAUGAGGAGUGCUGUUGAGAAGGAGAGGACAAAGCUGAGGGAAAGACAAAGAAGGUCCAUCACAACCAAGAUCUUCCACGGCCUCCGCAAGCACGGUGGCUACCCACUCUUCCCUCGGGCCGACAUCAACCAAGUCCUUCGCCACCUCGCUCAAGAAGCCGGCUGGAUCGUCGAGCCCGAUGGCACCACUUACCGCUCCGCCUCCACCAUUACUACCACUUCCAAUGUCUGCCCUCUUUGUGGCAACUCCAAGAAAAGCAGCUUCAUGGGUUCCGCCACCAUUGGAGAAUGUUCAACUACGGCCUCUCCUAGCCGUUUAACCACUGCCGGAGACUCCCUUUCUAAGCCCACCACCACCACCACUGAUAUAUACCGUGAUCAUCAUUCUCUGGUGGCGACGUACAUGUGCGGUGGUGGUGGUGAAAGGGGUGGUGGGACCCAUUAUAUGACGGCCGGAGCAGGGGAGAAUAAGCAGGGACAAGGACAGGUGGCUGCGGCGUGGUCGCCGUCGACGUACAUGGAGGUGCAGUGGAUGGAGGCCAGGGCUUCCAAUCAGAACACUCCAGCUGGGUCUCCACGACGUCGUACUUGA